GGCAGAGUUCAGUCUUUGUUUGACUGUCUCGGAAUGUGUAGCUGACAGCAGCGGGUAUUCCUCUCCCUUUCGGUUACCGCCACUUUCACAGUCUGUCGACUUACGCAACAGCAGAGAGGAGAGAGCUGCGGAAUGUCUGCGCUUCUUUUUUUUCUCACUUCGGGGAGCGAAGGAGGGGGGGCGCGUGUGAGGAGGCGAGAGGGAAACCCAUGACUUCCUUGUUUUUCCUCGGUUUCUGAUACUAAGUGCAGGGACUUAAGACUAUAAAAGCCACAAUGGUUCUCACUGCAGACAGUCGCCACUUUCACCCCGAGACCUGGACUAAGCUUUGGCCCGACAAAAGGACUUUCUUUUGGAGAAAAACUGACAAACACCCGGAGCUAUACAACUUCCACAGGUGACAUUUACACCCUGAGCGUUUUAGUCGCAGAACUUAAAACCUGAGGUUGCAGAGUCUCUCCCCGAGGUUCAGACAGCGAACUGCCGAUUACCGGGACAACGGGAGACAGAUAUGGACACCGAGUCUCUUCAGUCGAGUGACCGUCGGCGUGGACGCUGCUUGGACAUUUUCCUCGUAGUUUCCAACAUUUUUCUGUUCGUGGCUCUGAUAGCCGUGGCCGCCGGCGGAGUGAUGUGUGUGAUAGAACUGCGGUCCAAAAUAGAAACAUCCCGUCCACCUGUCCUUGGCAACCCAUCAAAGUCAAAAGGAGACCCAUUAUACCAAACAUACAAGGUAAUCAAAAAGUCUUAUUUAAUUAUUUAUUAUAGAUUAUUUAAAAUGAGCUUAUUAAUUUAAUGUAUGUCUUUUGCACGUUUUAAUCCUCCUAAUCCUUUUCUCUACAGAUGAACAACUUUGCCUACCUGGAAACCAGAUCAGGUAAAUCCACUUGUAUUUACUAAAAGCUGUAAUAUCUCUGAUGUUAGGAGAAGUAUCUCCAAACUUAAGUAGAUCCAUAUGAGUUGGCAGGCGGUAAACUGCCCCAAUGUAAUGGUAUUCCCUCUGUUGUGACAAAGUGUUUGUAUUAAGUUUUAAACAUGUAAAGAAGCCUUAUUCAGAUCUUAGAGUGACAUUUCUAUUCAUUUAGCUUUCAGUGCUCAUUAAUCCAUCCAGACGUGUGCCAUUAAUUGUCUGUAGCCUACUUCACGUAUUUAUUUGUUAUUGUAUUUAUGUAGCAUAUUCGCUGCUCCAUACAAAUUGUCUCUGGAGGGAUGAAGACAGUCGUUUGAAUAUGAAUUUAAUAAAAGGAGUGAAUGUAACAGAUUUUGGUAAUAAGCCUGUUGGUGUACAGUGUUAACAUCCUCCUAAUUUUAUGUGUUUGUCUCCUCCUGCAGAUUCACUGCGGACUGGACCCAUGUUCUUUAAGUCUGUCCCGUACGGCGAAGGGACAUCUGUUGGAAGUAACUUUGUGUUUGACGGAGAGCGAAGUUUACUGGCGUCCAAGCAAGGGACCUACUUCAUAUAUAUUGAGCUCAACAUCAUCUGCAGUCACAUCUGCAGUGCAGGUGUCCUCAGCGUGAGUGUGGGGGAUAAGCUCACCUGUAAGGUAGAGCUUCCAGAAAGGCUUACAGAAGGUCCCACACCUGUGAGCAAGAGAUGCUGGACAGUGACGCAAUUAAGCAAUGAUAAGCUGUCCACUCGGAUGACAGUAUCAGACACUGGAUUGAAGAACUGGACAAUGGAACCAAAAGGCUCAGGACUUGGGAUGUUCCUUGUGGACUGAAGAGGACACUGUGGUGCAUGUUUUGUCUGCAUAGCACAGAUUUUUUUUUUUUUUAACUGGAUUGUUCACAGAAGAAGAAAUCUGUUUGUGCCUGCAUGAAGCUAAGCAGGUGUAAUGUUGCAGGUGCUUAUGCUGUUUUCGAAGCUAAGAAGAGCCGUAUUGCAAACCAAGUAAUGGAGGACACAAUGUUGCAUUACUGAUAAUGCAAACAGCAAACGAAAAGACUGCUCCAAGGAAAUAUGUACAUAUCAUUUUUUAUACAAUAUAUUUAUUUUGUCGUUAUGAAGCUAUUUAUGUACCUAUAUUUAUGAUAGUGCUCUUUUAAAAUAGAUUUAUUUGAAUGUAGAUAUCACUACAUCAGUGUGGAUGCGCAAUACACUGCAUUUUAUCCACCCUUUAGUGGAAUGAAUUGAGUCUUUUUUCUCUGUUGUCAUUUUAUAAAUGGCUAGGACAUAAAAUUGAGGUUUAUGAAAAAUAUUUUGUGACUGUAGAUCUGGACAAAAUCCAAACAAGCUCUGCAUAUUUAUAUUUUAUGUGUAAAGAAAAUAUGUCAGUAAUUACUUUAAGAAAACUUGUGGAUUAAACCAAAACAAGAAUAACUAAAAAUUAUUUUGUAGACUCAUGCCUCUUGGAAGAUGUUUUGUUUUUUUUGUUUUUUUCUGAAAACAUGUAGUCUUAUGCACAAACUCUACAUUAUUGAAUGUAUUUACUUGUUUUCCACAUUAAAAAUGGAUACAAUGAAUAGUGGGAUCAUGAUGAGGUCAAAUGUAGAAAAUGAUUACGGUAGUAGUUUGAUAAACCCUGAAGUGGAAUGUAUAAAAGGUGUAAAGGCAGGGGAAAGUUCCCUGCUGCUACGCAGUCUGUAACGGGAACUGGAUGAACGCCACAUCCUGUUUAUUUACCAUACACUGGUUUAGAAAAGAAAAUUUUAUGGGUCAUCAGUAAAAACCAUUGCAGUGCUAGUGUUGCAUAAACUUGAAGUGAAAAAGACUUUGUGAUUAUACAAUUCUUACAAUUUGCAGGCAAUCACAUGAAACAGGAAGCCUGUUCAAAGAUUUGUAAAAAAAAAAAAAAAUGCUGACGGUAAAAGGAUCAUCAAAUCCUACAUAGAUUUGCUUUUCCAAACAAGUAUUUUAGUAUUUGCCCAGGAAAUUUUGUGUUUGGUUUUUGCCUUUAAGUUUCUUUCAGUGACAGCUCUCUUCAAAAAUAUUGAUCCAAGUAAAAAAUUAUCUUACAUAGCUACACUACAGUGGCACAUUAUUUAAGUUCUUAAGGUUUUUUGCACUGUCAUUUAAAGGAGCUGUAAUUAUGAGCUUUACAUAAAUGUCAAAUAGGAAAAAAAAUUCUUUACACCACCUGCUCAGCACCAAGUAGGGCACUGACACAGUUGGUGUUCAGCUGGUGAACACAGUAGUGUUAUAAACUAUAAGAGAGCAGUUCAAGAUUCUCACUUUUUUACAGAUCAACAGGCUGUGGCAACAUGACGCACAGUAAUGCAUCACAAACUGACUGCAGAUCCAAGUUAAAGCACUUUAAAGUCAGGAAAAUUCAGUCUAUGAAGCGAAUAAUAAUCACAAAAUCUGUUUUCUUGGCAGUACCAAUGUAAAGAUAUAUGAAGACUGUUCUAUGUCUAUUUAAAAAAUGGACUUGCAAAGAUUGAGGUGUGUAAAAAUUUUGAAAACAUCUUCUCUCUAUAGCUGUAUAUAUAGUGCAGAGGAUUCUGUUUACUGUCUUAAAACACAAAUAGGGGACUCACUUGUUUGUAACAGCAGUUUUAUUCAUUUAUUUAUUUUUCAUCAAAUUUCCCAUUGGGGAUCAAUAAAGUUCUUGUUAUUUUAUCUCA